AUGGUAGCACAAUCGGAUCCACUGCUAGGAGAACAUGGCGGGGGAGUGAGAGGAGCAGCCAGCAGCGCCCUGUGUUGUUACCGGAGCGGGGCACACCCCCUUCCGCCCCCGCGCCAAUCGCCGUGCGAGGAUGGCGCGAGCGGCACGCCUCUCCACCGCGCUCCGCCAAUCUCGAUGAAACGGCAGCCUCCCUGGCCCCGCCUCUGCCAAUCAGAAGCGACACAAACACUUGCGGCCACGCCCGCUUCCGCAGGCCGCCCAAUCCGGGCAGACACAAACAGCGGGCACGCCCCAGUCUCCGAGUCACGGGCCCGCAGUGCGAAGCGAACGGACGGGGCGGGCGGUUCUCCUUGCGAGAGCCGCUGGCCAAUCGGGAGGCACACAAACAGCCGAGGCCACGCCCCCGAACGCCGCGCAGCCAAUCGAAGGGGACGUAAACAGGUGGCGGCGCGCCCCCUGGUGGGCGUUGGCGCGCCGGCGGGCAGGCACGCGUCGCCCGCCAUGGAGGUACCGGCGCUGCGGCCCGCGGCGGCCGCCGGACUCCCGGCCGCGGCGGCGGAGGGACCCGUCCGUGAGGCGGCGGGGCGGAGGCGAGACGAGCGGAGCCUGGAGGCGCUGAGCCUGGCAGACGGCGGCGGGACGGCAGCGGGGCGGCAGCUGUCGGAGGGGCGGCGGGCGACGCUGGCGAGCGCCCUGGAGCUGGAGGGGACGGUGCUGCGCGAGGGGCGCCUCACCCAGUUCGUGGCGAACAACCUGGAGCGGCGGAUCCGGCUGAGCGGCGCCCCGCGGGGCGAGCCGCCGACGGCGGGGGGCGGCGGCUCUAUCCCCGCCAUCGACCCCGGGGCGCUGCAGGACGUGGUGGCCCUGGCCGGGCAAGUGGCAGCUCAGGUGGACGAGCUGCUGCGUAACGUGCACUGCGGCCUGCAGGCCCUGACGGCGCUCAGCGUCGGCUGCAUCCAGACCUACCGCGACGGGGUGGAGAGCCUGGGCGAGGCGGCCGACCUCAGCAUCCGCGCCAUGUACGCGCUGGUGGCGCGCUGCGAGGAGCUGGACCGCGCCAUGCAGCCCGUGCCCGCCCUGGCCAAGCGCAUCCGCGACAUGAAGGGCACCCUGGAGCGGCUGGAGGGGCUCUGCAAGUAGCGCCGCCCUGGCGGGGGUCACCGCCCCGCCGCUGUUCCCGCUGCCACCGGGAUGCCGAGCGAGGAGCCGCCGGGGAUGGAAAAGCGGGGCCCCGCCGCCCUUGCCGUGGCAGCAGCCCGCCCGCUGGGCCUUCCCCGGGCGCUGGAGGGGGCUUGGCCGCUCUGACAAGCCCCGGCCCGGCGGCAGCCCGCCCUGUCAGGCUUCCCGCCGGGCCGCCUCGGGCUGCUGCUCUCCCUCUCCGGUAGCCCCACCGUCGGUCCCGCACACGGCAUCUUCAGCUGUACAUCCUUCCUCUCCGUGCCCCUGUACGUGACCAGCCGACGUCUGCGGCCGGUUUGCUGGUAUUAAUCUGGAGGAAGUGAAAUUUUUUGCAACCGAUGAAGGAAAAGGUCCCAGUUGAAAUCGCGGGGUAAAUGGCAGGCGGUGCUCUUUAGCUUCAGCUCCAUUAAAGAAUUUGGAUUCCACAUGCCUUAUGCUUUCUAUUUAUUGAGGGCUAGGAAAAACUAACCAAUCUUAAUUAAAAGCAGCUGUUAAUAGAUUUUUUUUUAAACCAAAUUUGAAAUUGUUGUGAAUACUUGCUUGAUGCUCACAGGCAUACAUGCUUAUUUGUAGUUGACUUAGUGCCUGAUGAGUAAUUCUCACUACUGCCGUUAAGCAAAUAAACAUGCAGAACACUGCUAUCUCUUACAGGACACAGUUGUAAGAGAAGAUAAGUGAAAAUUUAAUAUAUUUAGCAAAGACACUUGCUUUCUGAGAAGAAUAUAAAAUCUGUGAAAUAUAAUUGAGAUUCAGAUAAGAACAAAUCUAUAUGCAAAGUUCUCAAUAAAAGCCUUCAGAUAAAA